UCCCGCCUCCGCACCACCGAGCGCCGUGGCUUGGACCCCAGUCGCUUGCGCUUGGCCAUAGCUUCUUCCUCGGUCACCGCAAUCCGACGUCAGCUCGCUACCGCCGCCAUUAUGAAUGUCCGCAAUGCUCGGCCAGACGACCUGAUGAACAUACAAUACUGCAACCUCCUUUGCCUGCCGGAGAACUACCAGAUGAAAUACUAUUUCUACCAUGGUCUUUCGUGGCCCCAGCUGUCUUACAUCGCCGAGGACGACGAUGGGAAGAUUGUGGGCUACGUCCUGGCCAAAAUGGAGGAGGACUCAGAUGAUGACCCCCAUGGGCAUAUCACCUCCCUGGCCGUGAAGCGGACACACCGGCGCCUUGGCCUGGCCCAGAAGCUGAUGGACCAGGCCUGCCAGGCCAUGAUAGAAAACUUUGGCGCCAAGUACGUGUCCCUGCACGUCAGGAAGAGUAACCGGGCAGCCUUGCACCUGUAUUCUAACACCCUCAACUUCCAGGUUAGUGAGGUGGAACCCAAGUACUAUGCUGAUGGAGAAGAUGCUUAUGCUAUGAAGCGAGAUCUCUCACGGAUGGCAGGUGAGCUGAGGCGGCGGCUGAAGCCGAAGAAGGCCGGGUACGUGGGGCUGGUCUCCAGGGAGAACCAGGAGCCCCAGCGCAGCACGCUUCCUGGUUCCCAAGAGGCCGGUCAGCAGGAGAAGAACCUGCUCGCUGACAGCAGUGGCAGUGACAGCAAGGAACUCAGCGAAUCCACGGAGAGCACCAAUGUGCCGGGCAGCUCAGAAGACUCAGAUUCCACCUCCUAGAGCCUGCUUUAAAGCAUUGCAGGUCCUUGUGUCUCAGCAGCAUCUUCUCGGGGGUCAUCUCACAGUGACCCUAAUGGCAUCUCACUCUCAGCAACAACCUUCCACAUACCCUCCUGGGAUCGUGAUGGAACACCUGGACACAAGAGCCCGCUGCACAAGAGCCAAGGAAGUUUGAGGCCUGCCGUCACAGAGCCUUCCUUGGCCUCCUCGCACCGCGCUGCCAUUUAAUUCUGUUUGUAGUAGUCCUAUGGUGGGUGUGGCUGUCUUGCUAGUUGUUUCUUCCUAGAAUGCCAGACAGGAAGCAGGGUCAAGUCCUGAAGCCCCUCUGCUUUCAGUUUAUUUUGUUAAGUCUGUGUUCUCAUCCUUAAGGGGAUAGUCAGGAUCAUCAAGUCAGACCUCAUGGGCCCUUCCUCUCCCUUCUUUUCUGAUCGAAGUAUUCUAUUUCUUCCUCCUCGCUCUGGGAACUCCUCCUCUAUCACACCCUGCCCUUUCUCUUUCCCAGUGGGAGAAAGUGGUAAGGGCCUCUACUGUGCAGUCAGAACUUCGAGAUUUUAAGAAAGAGACAACCAGUAAUUAAAUUGGAAUAUCUAAUGUCCUUGUGUCAAUUUGUAGUUUUGGUUUUUUGUAAUGACAUAACUUGCCAUUUAUUGAGUACCUAUAUUGUUCAGGCACGAUGCUAGGACGUUUAUUAAUAAUCUCAGCAACCUUAGGAGGUAGGUAUUAUUAUCCCUGUUUUAUAGAUGAGGACCUGAAGCUGAAAGAAGCGAAGUAAAUAUGUAGGAUCUGAACCGAAGUCUAUUUUAAUUCAAAGCCAAAACUUCCUUUCACUUUCCUACUGCUACUCUUUGCAUUUUAUUUAGAAAAGUGUAAAAACUUUAGCAAAAAAAAAGGAGAAUCUGCUGUUUUAAAAUGUUGUGUUAGCUUAAAACAUGGCAACUUAUGUCACUUGUAAAUAUUUAUGUAACCCACCAUUAUAAUCCCACUUUACUUAAUUUUUCUCCAGUAAAAAUAAGUGAAGAAAAAGUGCUUGGACCUCUGCAAUGUAAGUCACCAGAUAAAUCCAGAGUUAUCUUACUUAAUGUUGUGUUUAUAGUCACUGAAUGUGAAAACUAUAGUAUGUAACAUUUCUCAUGUUUAAAUUGCUAUGAAAACUGGUGUAUAUGGUUUUAAGUCAAAGCCCUGAUAUUAACCAUCUGAUGACAAGAGAUAAGUCUGUUCUCUGCAAUCCUAUGAACCCUGCUAAGCGCUUCUUACACAUCCACCACAAUGUACUCUGAGAAUGCCUACCUGAUAGGAAAUAAUUGCCUGAGGAAGACAUAAAAGUUUUUUUUUUCCUGUACAACUAGGAUUUGCUAUUUUCUGUGCCAGCACAAACCUCUCAUCUAUCUUUCCAUCGUUCCUUUUUUUCUUUUGGAUUUUCCCUGCAAAUCUAUUCCUUCCCCUCAAGCAUGUGUUUAUCUCUUUAUUUUAAAAUAUUACAGCUUGCUAACAUCUGUCUCUAGGGCAGCAUAAUCUGACUGAUGAAAUAUUCCAUGUUUUCCUUGAGCCCCUGUCACUGUCUUCACAUUAACAGCUUAGCAGAUGGAGAAACAGAAGGAGUAGCCUCAGCUUACCUGAAUGGUUUCUCUCCAGGACCAGGCACAUUACUGUCUAGUAACUUGAUGAUAGGAAUUGGAGUAAUUGGAAAAGAGGAAAUGAUAAUCUGACUUUUGCAGUGUUAUUUACUAAACUAUUGACUUCUUUUCUUUGUUAUUGUAAUAUCCAGUUUCAUAUCAAGAGAAGGCAGAAUUAUAGCAACCUACCUAGCUUAGACUGUGCCUAUUUAGAUAAUGAAAGUAAAAUACACAAUAAUACUGAUAUUGCUUUGGGCAUAAAUUAGCAUGUUCCCAAGUGGUUCAGGGCACUAACAGUGAGUUAGUAGCAGCAGUAGCUUCCUGUAAUACUGAGACAGAGCCUGACAAAGCUUUUUGUAAUAGCGUUGUUCUUUCUACAUAGGACAAAUUGUUGUUGUUUUUAAUGGACUGUCUGCUUUUUACUUAAGUACAAUCUAGAGAGGCCAAAACAAGGCUCUGAAGCAAGGAUGUAGCGUAGUUAGUGGUGAAUACCCUUGUUUCAGCUGUAGAGACUGACCCACAGCCCUCCUUUACUUGCAGUUUUAACAAAACUACUGGGUGGGCUCAGGCCCAUCCGCAAAUUGUUCAGAAAUAUUAAUCAUCAAGAUACAAAGCUUUCUUUGGCGAAAAGAGAGAAACUUGUAAUGAAGCCCUUGAGUUACCUAGUUAGAAUUUGUAUGAUUUUCCUUUUUUGCAGAUAAGAACAAGGGGCAAGAGGUUAUCAUCUGAAAUAAAAUAAUGGGGUGUGUGGAUGUUGGGAGAAAUAGGGAGUAGUGCUGGAAGUUAGUCCAAAGCUGGGAAAAUUUGAAAAGAAUCAGGAUUCCAAAAUAGCUGAAAAGAAGUUUUCUCAAAUUUUAAUGUGCAGAUGAGCAUCUGAGGGAUCAUGUUAAAAAAUGUAGAUUUUGUUUCAGUUGGUCUGAGUUGGGGCCCGAGCGUCUGCAUUUCUAACUAGUUCCUAAUAACACUGAUGUUGCUGGUCUAGGAACCACACCUUGACUAGAAGGGUCUUCCAGCUCCUCUCCAACCUUGGAACUGCAGUCCCAGUGCACUUGUGACGAGCCUUUCGGGUGAUUUGGAUUAGACCCUAAAUAAUUCACAACCCCAUUCUUAAACACACACUCACACAAAUCCUGUUUGUCUUUGGAAUUUUGUCACAUUAAGGUUGAUGGCCUAAUAAUUUCAAUAAAAAUCCCAGAUAUAUUUCACCAAAAUGUACAGAAAAUAAUACCUUAUAUAUACAGUGCAUAAAAUGUAUUGAUGAUAAUCCACAUUACAUCUUCUGUUAUAUUAGAAUGCUUUGAUAUUUCUUUAUUGUUGACUUCCAAACAAGGGAAUGGUAUAUGAGAUUUUACAGUUUCACUUUUAACGAACACUCAGUUUGGUGUGUUCAUUGGUGCAUAGAUUACCCUGGUCUCUACGAAUUUUCUCCACGCUGACAUUUGACAUAAAAUUUGAAAAUGAACACAAUUUUUUUUUUUAAUUGGAGCAUCAUAUCUCUAUGUCAGUGGUGGUGGUGUGGGAAACACUUUCAAGAGAGAUUUCCCAUCAGGGGAUAAGAAUUUCUAGCCCUGGGCUUCUCAAAGUAUAGUUCAUGGACCUCAUGCAUUAAAAUCACCCAGAUGCUAUGCUGAAAAUGCAGUUUCUUUUACUCUAGCUCAGAUUUACAAAAUCUGAGUCCCAUAUUUUUAACAAACCUCCAGGUGAUUGAUUUGCAUACUGCCAUCUGAAAAUCACUGACAUAGUACAAGGCUUUGAAUUCCUCAUAAAGGUAAUUUGAAGGGCAUUUGUUUCAUGGUGAUACUCUCCAGAUUUAAAAUUAAUUUGUCAAAAGAAGCAAAAAGCUCAGAGAAGAUACAGCACGUUUUUAUUAUAAAACAUAUGUGGGAAGGGUUGAGGUGACAUAAUGGGAACUUGGUACUUUGCUCAUUUUUUUCUGUAAAUCUAAAGCUCCUUUAAAAAUAGUUAAUUACAAAAUAAAA